AAGUUUCAAAAUAAGUUUUCUUGUUUUAAUUAUAGUCUCCAACAUGUAUACCUGAUACAGUUGAAACAAGAAACUCCUAUAUGAUGUCACGUUUAUUGAAGAAUUUUUCAAAAUCGUACUCAUCAAAUGACCCUAAUGAUUCACCGCUUAUUGAUUUUACUGAUAAUGAAUUAACUAACAAAUGUAUCAAUAAUAUUAACACUACUACUACUAGUACUACUGCUACUUCAGCUGUCAGUAGUACAAUUCCCAGUACUAUGUUUAAUACUAGUAGUACUAAUACGUCAGUAGCGUUGAUUUCUUAUUCUUCUUCAACGAAUACACCUAAAACAUCAACACAAUGCACUCCAGAAAUCAGUGAACUAGCAUUAUUAGAAGCUGUGAAAACAUUAUCAUCAUCAUCAUUGUCAGCAUCUCCGCAAACAACUUUAGGAACUAGUGAAGAACAAGUAUUGCAUACGACAAAAUCAGCAACAGAUACUUCCAUACCUCCUGUCAAAUCUUCAUUAAUAUCUUCACAUGUACAACAAUCACAUCAUUGGCGUGAAGGUAAUUUACCAGUCAACUCAAAAUGUGCUUCAUGUCGUAAAACAUGUUGGUCUGCUGAAUGUUUAACUGGUUUACGAUGUGAAUGGUGUGGUGUUACAACGCAUUAUUCAUGCUAUAGAAAUAUACCGUUAGAAUGUGAUUUCGGUGUAUUAAGAAAUAUCAUGCUUCCACCAUAUUGUGUAUCAGUGCCUCGUACAAGUUUAUUGGUUGAACAAAUUAUUGGUAUGUGUAGACCUCAACCAGAAACACUAAUGGGAGUUCAAGCUCUCACAGAUGAAUUCUCAAGCAACGGUGAUAGUCCGGAAGAAUCUGGAAUUGAAAGGAAAUCUAACAAGGAUAAAACAGAUCGAGACUUUGAUGAUUACGUACGAGUUUAUGAUGGCUGGGGCCGCUUUCGCAAGAAACAGUGCCGAUACCUCAGUCUUGGUCGUAGUGUAUCUGUGCUCAAAGUGAUUGAACUUUCCUUGAAAGCUUUUCAGUUACCUCCAGAUGAAGCAAGAGAUUACUACCUCGUAGAGGUGAAUGAAAAAGAUGGAAAUGAGCAUAGAUUACAUAGCUCUGGAUGUUUUAAAUCUCAACUACAAUUUGAAACUCGAAGACCACAAAUUAUAAUACGUUCUCGUGAUCGUAAUCAAGAUCGUCAAUAUAUUCAAACAUUUCCUGGAACAUUACAUCAAUUCACAGAUGUUGAAUUGUUACCAAUACAAAUCUCAGUGACACGUGAUACCACAGUUCAUGAUGUUAUUUUACAAGCACAGAAAAGAUUUGGACUCGAGCAUUUAGAUUCUAGUAGAUUUCAAUUAGUUGAAACAAAUCUAGAUCGUGGACUUGUUGAACGUGUAAUGUCAUCAGGUGAACGAUUAUGGACAAUAUUAGAACGUGUUAAACGUGAAUCUGUUCGUGCAUUACGUUUAACACGUUUUUAUUUACAACCAGUUGAAGAAUCUAAAGGUCCUGUUGUUACUUUAUUUGUUGGAAAUUUAAAAAAAGGUUUAAGUCAACGUUUAUAUGAACGUAUUCUACUUGAACGACUUGGUAUAGAGAAUAAAUGGGAUUUUAUUGAAGUAAUAUAUUAUGAUUUUGGUAGUUUAGUAUUAGUAUAUUUAAAUGCAGAACGUGCUGAUGAAGCAUAUCAUUUAUUAAAACAAAGUACAUUUGAAGAUCGUCCAAUUUUAGUUAUGAUAUUGCCUAGACUUAAACCAAGUAAAUUACCAGAUGAUAUUAAACCUUUAUUAGUAUUAGUCAAUGUUAAAUCAGGUGGAUGUCAAGGUGCCGAUUUAAUCACGUCAUUUAGGAAACUGUUAAAUCCUCAUCAAGUUUUCAAUUUGGACUACGGUGGUCCCCUACCAGGUUUACAUUGUUUUCGUCAUUUAAAACAAUUUAAAAUACUUGUAUGCGGUGGUGAUGGUACAGUUGGAUGGGCGCUUUCAUGUUUAGAUAACGUUGGUCAAGAUGCUGCAUGUCCUACACCACCGAUGGCAAUUCUACCACUGGGUACUGGUAAUGACUUGGCACGAGUUUUACGUUGGGGUUCCGGUUAUACUGGUGGUGAAGAGCCUUUAACGAUACUGAAAGAUGUUGUUGAAGCAGAAAAUAUUCGUUUAGAUCGUUGGACUGUUGUAAUUAAACCAGAUCAAGCUGAAAAAGAUGCACAAAAGAAACAAUUACAAAUUGAAGCUAAUUCAUCAAAUACAAAUGAAGAUUCUAGUCGUAUAUUUGUUAUGAAUAAUUAUUUCGGUUUGGGUAUAGAUGCUGAUUUAAAUUUAGAUUUUCAUAUGGCACGUGAAGAGAAUCCAGCAAAAUUUAAUAGCAGAAUUCAUAAUAAAAGUGUUUAUUUAAAAAUGGGUUUACGUAAAAUGGUUAAUCGUACAAAAUGUAAAGAUUUACAUCAAAAUAUUAUUGUUGAAGUAGAUGGUCGUCAAUUAGAUUUACCACCAUUAGAAGGUGUAAUUAUUUUAAAUAUUUUAUCAUGGGGUGCUGGUGCAAAUCCAUGGGGUGUUGAAAAAGAUGAUGCAUUUACAACUCCAACACAUUUUGAUGGUCAACUUGAAAUUGUUGGUGUUACUGGUGUAGUACAUAUGGGACAAAUAUUUUCUGGUUUAAGGACAGGUAUUCGUUUAGCACAAGGUGGUCAUAUAAGAAUUACAGUGAAAUGUGAUAUCCCAGUACAAGUUGAUGGUGAACCAUGGAUUCAACCACCUGGUCAAAUUAUAGUUUUACGUUCAGCCUUAAAAGCAACUAUGUUGAAAAAACGCAAACGACGUAAAGUGAAUCGUCGUCAUACUGAACCUGGUUUAGGUGGAUCUGGCAGUUCGAAUACAACUAGCUCAAAUGUUAUACAUGGUAGUACAGAAGAUCCUUUAAGUAGUGCUGUAUUUGGUGCCAGUGGACCUCCUCCACCUGAAAGUGUAAAUUCUCUUGAUUGUGGAAAUACCAGUACUAUUAAACAACUUGAAUUAGAUAUUGCAAAAGUUGAAUUAGAAGAAAGAAAUUUAAAUGAUGCUUUCUGUUUAAAUGAUACAAUCAAAACAGAUGAUUCAUAUCCUAGACUGUAUAGACCAGGACGACCAGUAUAUGCUAAAAGAAGAGGACGUCGUUUACCAAAACCUGUAUUAGUUGCAGUACCAUCAGCUCCAUCAGAAACUUGUAGAUCACCGAGAGAGAUACUUGAUAAUGAUGAGUUUGAUGAAACAUCGGCCUUAUGUCUUUCUAAAUCAACACGACUGAAACAACAUGUACCAACUAAUAUACAUUCAACAACAGAACAACAAUCAUCUAUCAUACAAAACAUCAAGAACUCUACACCUUCAGCUUCAAUGAGUCAAUUAAGUUCAACAACUAGUAAAAAAGAAAUAGAUUGAUUAUAUCAAAACUGGUUACAGUUUUUUUUGUCGUUGUUUUUGGCAUUUUUAUAGCUGAUUUCCCCUUCAAAUACAACUACAUUCCAUCUGUACUAGUACAUAAUGAUUGGAUAAUUUAUCCUAAUGAAUGCAUAAAUGAACACAUUCAUAUAUGAUGGAUAAAAGAAUUGUAUAAGCAUAUUUUUAUACACAUGUAAUACACUUGGAUGAUAUAUACAUAUAUAUAUUUGAUAUUAUCAAUUGACUUCCGAAUACCUUAUGAUGGUUAUAUGCUGAUAUAUAUAUAUAUAUAUAUAUAUAUAUAUAUAUAUAUAUAUAUAUAUAUAUAUAUAGAAUAUUUAUUUGUGAAAUAAAACAAAUAUCUAUAUUAUAAGAGUGCUAUACAGAGAAACAGCACUAUGUGUAGUCUCUCUGUGUGAGUAUCUAUGUGUUUGUAAACUGUGUGUAAACUUCUUGAAAAUAAGUAUAAUAAUGUUAUAUAAACAUUUAUAUAUUUUAAUUAAUUUAUUCUCCCCCACCCCCUUUGUCUAAAUGAUUUGUGUAAUCAGUUGGCAAUUGUUUUUUCUAUUAUUAUUAUUAUUAUUAUUAUUAUUACUAUUACUAGUAUUGCUGAUAUUAUGACUAUUUAUUUUACCAUAAAAAUUAUUGCCUAGUCUUUGUAUACAUAUAAUAGAUAUAUAGAGUGAAUUAUUUCUUUAUAAUACAGUAGUAUUCUCUACAAAACGUCAAUUAUUAUUAGUUCUUCCUCCAUCACCUUCUUCUUCUUCUUCAUCUUCUGUAUGUUCUUGCCUUCUAUUAGUGAUCAUGUGUUUUCAUGAAUAUUCAAACUAUCAGUCAAUUUAAUGUAUACAUCUUCAUUAUAUAAUAUUGUGUGUACACUACACACACACACAUACACAUAAGUAUGCAAUAUUACUUCUGUUUUUCUAGUCCAUAAAAAGAUUAUGUGCAAUAUUAUUAUUAUUAUUAUUGUGUUGAAUUCUCAUUGAUUUCACAAUUUUUCAACUAUUCAUAAUAUAAAGAAUAAUUUACCUUAUUCAGUUCAUUUGCUAUUACUGUUAUUCAAUGAAUGAAUGAAUGAAUGGGUAUGUUCUAUUCUCUAUAUUAACUGAAAAUUCACCAUUUACUUCAUGAAGGAAAUAAAUAAAAGUAAAUUAGAAACAUAAUAUAUAUAUUCACAUACUUUAUAUCUCAUAUAUUUAGUAAUUCAUUAUAAUUAAAUUAAUGAAAACAUUCCUUACUUGUUACUAUAUAGACAUAACUGUAAGUAGUCGAUUAUUUCUCAUAAUAAAUAAAUAAAUAAAUAAACAAAAGAGAAAAAAAAAUGACAACACAUGACAUUCUAUCAUUUUAUGAUUUCGUUUAUUAUAUAAUCACAUUUUAUUUCUUGUCAUAUAUCAUUAGAGGAUUCACUAUUACUUUAAUUCCAGAUUGAAAAGAGUGAUAAAAACAAAUAAACAAAUAAAUAGAUAUACAAUAUAGACAAUGAAAAUUCAUAUAGAGAAAUAAAAUAAAAUAAAAUAUACAUUGAUUUUUUUACAAUUUAUCUUAUUGCUCAUUUAACUGUGAUUGUUUUUCUUUUCAUUAUUUGUUUCUGUGUUUUUUUUCUUUUCUUUUUCUUUUCUUUU